AUGUCCUUGUCCAAGAACCUCACCAAGAAGUGCCCCGACCCUGGCGCUCAGAAGCACACCUCUGCUGUCACCAUGAAGUGUCUCCUGCUCGCCCUGGGCCUGGCCCUUAUCUGCAGCAUCCAUGCCAUCUACCCAGCCAAGAGAAACGUGGAUGUGCAGAAGCUGUCAGGGCCCUGGUACACUGUGAUGUUGGUCACCAACAACCGGGCCCUCCUGGAGAAGGAAGACGCCCCUCUGAGAAUGUCUGUCAAGGAUGUGCAGCCCACCCCCGAGGGCAACAUGGAGAUCUUCAUGGUCAAGAGGGAGAACGACAGGUGUGUGGAGAAGAAGAUCAUUGCCCAGAAAACCGAGAUCCCUACUGAGUUCAGUACCAGAUGUAUGAAAGCAUCUGUGCACCAUCGAGAAGACCUGGAUGAAAACAAGAUGUUUGUGAUAGACACCGACUACUCAAACUUCCUGGUCUUCUGCCUGGAGAGCACCAUCGCCCCCAAGCAGAACGUGGUGUGCCAGUGUCUGGCCAGGACCCAGAAUGCCGAUGCCAAGGUCGUGGAAAAAUGCAACCAGGUCCUCAAGUCCCUGCACCUGCAGAACCAGUUCACCCUGGACUUCACCCAGAAGGAAGCUCAGAAGCACACCUCUGCUGCCACCAUGAAGUGUCUCCUGCUCGCCCUGGGCCUGGCCCUUGUCUGCAGCAUCCAUGCCAUCUACCCAGCCAAGAGAAACGUGGAUGUGCAGAAGCUGGCAGGAGCCUGGAAGACUGUGAUGAUGGUCACCAACAACCGGGCCCUCCUAGAGAAGGAAGAUGCCCCUCUGAGAAUGUCCGUCAAGGAGGUGCAGCCCACCCCCAAAGGCAACAUGGAGAUCUUCCUGGUCAACAGGGAGAACAACAGAUGUGUGGAGAAGAAGAUCGUUGCCCAGAAAACCGAGAUCCCUGCUGAGUUCAGUACCAAAUACCUGGAUGAAAACAAGAUGGUUGUGAUAGACACCGACUACUCAAACUUCCUGGUCUUCUGCCUGGAGAGCACCAUCGCCCCCAAGCAGAACGUGGUGUGCCAGUGUCUGGCCAGGACCCAGAAUGCCGACGCCAAGGUCGUAGAGAAGUGCAACCAGGUCCUCAAGUCCCUGCACCUGCAGAACCAGUUCACCCUGGACUUCACCCAGAAGGAAGAGCUGGGCUGUCGCCGCAGAGAGCUGGUGGCUCUGGCCCAGGACACUCCUCCGGCUCAGCAAACAUUUUGA